GCCCUGUCAGUGUCGGGGACGCGCGGGCAACGUAAGCGGCUCGGUUUCGCGUCAGCCCUGUCAGUGUCGGGGACGCGCGGCAGGUGGUGGUCAGUUCGCUUCGGAUUCGACUCCAGAUCCGUUGGGACCCUCUCCCUGGCGUCAUGUUGUGGGCAGCCGGCCGGGCCGUUAGGAGAUUCUCCACCGCGGCGAGCUGUUACCAGAGCAAGCUAAAUGUGGCUUUAAUAGGUCAGAGCCUGUUUGGGCAAGAGGUUUACACUAACCUGCAGAAACAAGGACACAAGGUUGUCGGAGUGUUCACAGUCCCUGACCGGGAUGGGAAGGCUGAUCCCCUGGCUGUUGCAGCAGAGAAGGAUGGGACACCAGUAUUUAAGUUUCCCAAGUGGAGGCUGAAGGGAAAACCUAUUGCAGAUGUUGUUGAGGCAUAUAAAUCAGUUGGAGCAGAACUAAAUGUGCUCCCGUUCUGCAGCCAGUUCAUUCCUAUGGAUGUUAUUAAUCACCCAAGGCAUGGAUCAAUAAUCUACCAUCCGUCACUGCUUCCACGUCACAGGGGUGCUGCUGCUAUAAACUGGACUCUUAUUCAUGGAGAUAAGAUCGGAGGUUUCUCCAUCUUCUGGGCGGAUGAAGGUCUGGAUACUGGCCCCAUUCUUCUGCAGAGGCAAUGUGAUAUUGAUCCGAAUGACACUGUUGACUCAUUGUACAAUCGUUUCCUGUACCCUGAAGGAAUCGUUGCAAUGGUAGAAGCUGUGCAGCUAAUUGCUGAAGGGAAAGCACCUCGAAUAACUCAACUUGAAGAAGGAGCAACAUAUGAAGGAAUUCAGAGGAAAGAGAAUGCAAAGAUUUCUUGGGAUCAGCCAGCAGAAGCCAUACACAACUGGAUUCGUGGCCAUGAUAAAGUACCUGGAGCAUGGACUCUCCUUGAUGGACAAGCAGUCACCUUGUAUGGUUCAUCCAUGUAUAAAGGAGCAGUACCAUCAGGCCAGCCAUUGGAGAUCAGUGGUGCUAGCAAGCCUGGUCUAGUAACCAGCAAUGGACUGGUGCUCUUUGGCAAUGAUGGAAAUAUGCUGGUGGUUCGAAACCUUCAGUUUGAGGAUGGGAAAAUGAUUCCUGCCUCCAAGUAUUUCUCAUCUGGUGAGACUGUCACUGUGGAACUGACUGAAGAAGAAAAGAAAGUUGCAGAGAAUAUAAAGACUAUCUGGAAAUCAAUUCUGAGCAAUGUUGAUACCAUUGAGGAUACUACCGAUUUCUUCAAAUCUGGAGCAGCUUCCAUGGAUGUUGUCAGGCUGGUUGAAGAAAUUAAACAAAAAUGCAAUGGCCUGCAGCUGCAAAAUGAAGAUGUUUAUAUGGCAACGAAGUUUGAUGAUUUCAUCCAAAUGAUUGUGAGGAAACUGAGAGGAGAAGACAAAGAGGAAGAACUGGAGGUGGAUUAUGUAACGAUGGACGUAAAUGACAUGACUGUGAAAAUGCCAUACCAGUGCUUCAUUGAUGGCAGGUUUACAAAUGCUGAGGAAGGGAAGACAUAUAAUACCAUCAAUCCCACCAAUGGCUCUGUGAUCUGUGAGGUGUCAUAUUCGUCAGUUGCUGAUGUUGACAGAGCUGUGGCUGCAGCAAAAGAUGCCUUUGAAAAUGGACAGUGGGGAAAGAUGAAUGCAAGAGACAGAGGCAGAUUGUUGUACCAACUUGCAGAUCUAAUGCAGGAGCACCAAGAAGAAUUGGCUACCAUUGAGGCCAUUGAUUCGGGGGCUGUGUAUACACUUGCUCUGAAGACGCAUGUUGGAAUGUCCAUUCAAACAUUCAGAUACUUCGCAGGAUGGUGUGAUAAGAUCCAGGGUUCUACAAUCCCCAUUAAUCAAGCUCGUCCCAAUCGUAAUUUAACAUAUACAAAGAAGGAGCCACUCGGAGUUUGUGCGAUCAUUAUUCCCUGGAAUUACCCACUCAUGAUGCUAGCAUGGAAGAGUGCUGCUUGUCUGGCAGCAGGCAACACGUUAGUGCUGAAACCGGCACAGGUAACUCCACUGACUGCACUGAAGUUUGCUGAAUUGGCAGCACGAGCUGGAAUACCAAAAGGAGUCAUCAAUAUUCUUCCAGGAUCAGGUGGCCUGGUUGGGCAACGGCUGUCAGAACACCCAGACGUUCGUAAAUUGGGGUUCACAGGAUCAACUCCAAUUGGUAAACAGAUCAUGAAAAGUUGUGCUGUGAGUAAUCUGAAAAAGGUCUCUUUGGAACUGGGUGGGAAAUCUCCGCUCAUCAUCUUCAAUGACUGUGACCUUGACAAGGCUGUAAGAAUGGGUAUGGGAGCAGUAUAUUUCAAUAAGGGGGAAAACUGCAUUGCUGCUGGUCGUUUGUUUGUUGAAGAAUCUGUUCAUGAUGAAUUUGUUCGACGAGUGGUUGAAGAGAUUAAGAAGAUGAAAAUUGGUGAUCCUUUGGACAGGUCAACAGAUCAUGGACCACAAAACCAUAAAGCUCAUCUGGAAAAACUGCUGGAAUACUGUGAAAUUGGAGUGAAGGAAGGAGCAACACUGGUAUAUGGGGGAAAGUCUAUUUUGCAACCUGGCUUCUUCAUGGAACCGACAGUGUUCACUGAUGUGGACGAUGACAUGUUCAUUGCCAAAGAGGAAUCUUUUGGACCAGUGAUGGUUAUUUCUAAGUUUCGAGAUGGAGAUGUUGAUGGAGUGUUGCAUCGGGCAAAUAAUACUGAAUUUGGCCUAGCGUCAGGGGUUUUCACACAGGACAUUGGAAAAGCAAUGUAUGUGAGUGAUGGACUUGAUGCUGGAACUGUAUUUAUCAACACAUACAAUAAAACUGAUGUUGCAGCUCCCUUUGGAGGUUUUAAACAGUCUGGAUUUGGGAAAGAUCUGGGCGAGGAAGCUCUUCAUGAAUAUCUACGAACUAAAGCCGUAACUGUUGAGUAUUAGAACCAUACUGCAGGAAUAUCUUUGUACACACUGGCUAUACUUAAUCCAGUAAAGAUACUGCUAAAUCAUACAGUCAGAAUCCUCUGGGACAACUGAAUUGUACAGACUGAAAUAAAAAUAAAAUACUGCGAUACUGGACAUCUAAAAUAAAAAGUGUCUCUGUGGAAACCCAGCAGGUCUGGCAGCAUCUCUGGAGGAAAGCAUUCGACAGAAAUGUCUUAUUGGACUUGGAAACAUUAACGCUUUCUCUUUCCAAAGAUGCUACCAUACCUGCUGGGUCUUUUAUCUAUGUAUAGACUGAACCCUGGGGUCACCUGAAUUAUACAGACUGAAUCCUACGCGACAACUGUACUAUACAGUCUGAACCUUGGGGGACAACUGUAACUUACUUGCUUUUAAUGGUGGCACCCAAGAGAAGCUAAAAUUAUAAUCCUGUUUACAUUGUUGAUGCAUUGACAUCUCUGUGUGCCUCAAUAUCAUCAAAAAUACUUUUAAAUAAUCACUAGUUUAAAAUCUCAGACAAAAGUUUCUGCUUUGUGGGUGCAAUCAAUAAUUAGGCAUACAAUAAUUUUCAAAAUUGCACCAGUUCUUCAAAGUGUAUUCUCUCUAAAUUUUCCCUCAAGAUUAUAUAUGUAUUAUCUUCCAUGAACUGGUACAAUCAGGCUGUUUUUAAACUUUUUCUUUAAAUUUGAGUUUAAAAUAUUCCUUAGACUAUCUAAAGUGAUAACCGGUGCAGUUUUAUUGUAGUAGAGCUGCUAUUGGGUUUAUCACAAGCAAAAUUAAUUAAUGUUUUAUCCAGCACUUUAUUUUAAUUAAGUGAAAGUGACUGUACUGCAUCAUUUGUGAAUUACAGUGGUGUACAGUAUCAGUUUAAUUCUGAGUUUUAAAAGUUGUCUAUCGGUGUAUUUACACCUUUAAUAUAAAACCGAGAGUUUAAUAAAGGGCUUCCUAAAUGGUCUGAAAACGACUGCAAUUGUGGAAAAUCACCAUGGUGAUUAAUUCAACCUGGGCUGUGGGCAGUUUUGUGCACGGCCACUGCAGUUAUCUAACGAUCUCAAAAUAUCAUAGAAAUGUGAUUUUUUUUUGCUUGAAAUUCUGCAAACUUGUUUGCUGGAAUUUGGGCUAAAUUUGGGAAAAUUCUGUAGGUAAACUCAAUACAGCUGAGCACCAGAACCGAACACUUAAACAUUUGGUUUUUAUAAUUCUGUAAUUUUACUGACCAUUUAAGAUCAUUUAUUGUGUUCGACAAAACCUGAUAUGGAGGAAAGGGUGGUGUCAUCAAAUUCUGAUCUUAUUGCAUUAAUAGUUGUAGAAUAAUAUACUGCUAUAUUUUUGUCCAGAUAUUGGUGCUGCCAAGUAUCACUACAAAAUUAUUUGCACAUGAUCACAAUGAAGUGCCUUUUAAUAUAUAUCAUCUUACAGUGAACACAGAUGACAGCAUCAUAGCAUUUGAACUGCAUAAUAAGCUUUAAUUUUGAAUAAUUUCAAUAUUUUGUACCUUUGUAAAUUUGAAUACCUGUUCCCUGGAACUUGCAUACGUCUUGACUGUAGGCAUAUGCGUCAAGAUUGUGUUUUGUAAUAUACACAUAAUGUCAUAUAAAUACUGGUUAAUCCAGUAGUUUCAUGUGUCUAAAAGUGUGUUUAUAUUAUUAUGUUCACGUGUCCUGUUAAGAACUUGCUUCAUUUGUGCAAGAAGAUUUCCAAUGCAUGAAUUUCUAAAUGGCAAUUAAUCUAUAUACCUGCCUUUAGUCCUGACUAUUUUGUUGUUUGUCCAACUAUUCAUUGAAAAGUGAUCUCACAAUGCUUCCACUUGAUUGCUACAGAAUAUUAAUAAUUGACAAAUGAACCUUGGAACUGCAAUGCAGCACUACUUCUUGGAGUUAAUGUGAUGGUGAAUUAGGGCAAAAUCGACAUUUUAAAACUGAUGGAGUAGGUUUUAAAAAAAAAGUUGAUCCAUCAGAUUGCCCCACAUGCAAUGAUGACCAAAGUAUCGCAACGGAUACUUCCGUCCUGCACUCGGCUCAUUUUCUGGGAGACAAUAAAGAGAAAAGAAAGAACAGACAAUUGGGAAGAACAUACUGCAAAAAAAUGUUUUCUAAUCCCAUCAAAUUCAAGUCUAGUCCAGGAGAAAUCACAGGGACUAAGUGUUUUCAAUGAAGACAUUUAGCUUAUAUAUGUGAUCUUGGGUUAUGAGGAACUGAUCCCACCCCACCUUAUGAGCCACUACUGUCUCUGCAGCUUUGUGGGCAAAGAAGAUCUACUGUUUCUGCUCUAAAAUGGCUUAAAUUUCCAUUUAUGUUUGUUUUCACAACUCACUAAUAUGAAUUUAUUCAUCAUGUAUGUAAAAAUUACUAGUUGCGGUCUAAGCAUGCAUCACAUAAUUUAGUAAAAAUAAAGCUUUGCUAUGCAUUCCAGCUGAUGUUGAGCCAGUUUCUUUCUAAAUUUUCACUGGUCUUAAUGCUGGAUAUUCAGUGAUUGUGAUUUGUGGCCAUUGCUUUUGGUUGUUCUAACUCACUUGUGUCUAAUAUGUCCUGGAGUAAAUUCAUUGAUCGUACGGGCCUUGUUUGUGGGUGUCUCCCCACAUGUGACUGUGCUGAGUUUCAUCCCAUUGUAUAAAUUAUUUGCAUAAAUUUGUAUCCUUCAGUCUAAAAUGAAAUAUGAAGCAUUGCCUGUCUUCAAGAUUUUGUGUUGGGGCGCAAAAUUGCAUGGUGUAGUCAAGGAUAAUCUGAAUGGGCUGAUAGAUAUGUGCUCAGCUACCCACCUGUCCAAUACAGUUGGGAUAAUUCUGGGUCAAAAGGUCUAGGACAUUAUUUCUUUUAUUAAAUGCUAAUGCUAAUUGUGACAGACUGUUUUCUGUGAAAUUUCUCAAAUUCCAUGAACGAAACACAUUGGAUGAAGCAGAGAACAAGAGUCAGCUUGGUUGGUACUGCAGCCACAAGCAUCCACUCACUCCACUAUGGACACUCAGUAGCAGCAGUGUGUAAUACCGAGAGGAUGCACUGCAGAAAAUUUUAGGUAGCACUUCCAAAUUUGCUAUCUAGAAGGACAUGGCCACUUACCAUCUUGGAAAUGGCUAUUCCAUCAUUGUUGCUGGGUCAAAAUCCAGUAAGUCCCUCCCUAAUUGCAUUGUUAGUCAAACCACAGCAAAUGGACUGCAGCAGUUCAAGAAGGCAGCUCACCACCACUUUCUCAAGGACAACUACAGACAGGCAAAAUUUGCUGGUUGGUCUAUGAUACCCAUGUCCCAUGAAUGAAUUUUAAAAAUAACAUGGUGGCUGUGUGGUUAGCACUGCUGCUUCAGCACCAGGGACCCAGGUUUGAUUCCAUGAUUGGACAACUGUCUGUGUGGAGUUUGCACAUUCUCCCUGUGACUGCAUGCGUUUCCUCCAGGUGCUCUGGUUUCCUCCCGCAGCCAAAGAUGUGCAGGUUCAGUAGAUUGGCUGUGCUAGAUUGCCUGCAGUGCUGGCUAGGUGGGUUAGCCAUGAAAAAUGCAGGGUUACAUUCAUAGGGUUGGAGGUUGGGUCUGGGUGGUGGGAUGCUCUUUGGAGGGUCGGC